AAUAUGCCACGAACAUGUUGCGAUGUAAGACACAUUGGCAUGACCGAAAACAUGGUUGCAACGUUGGUCCAACUUGACGCUGCAAAGCUAUUCCGGAUCAAAUUAUUUAUGUCCAGAUGGAUCAGACUAACGCCUUUUGACUGAGACGUUAAGUUCUUAGAUGCGAUUUUCAUUUCACUUUCCUUUCUCAGGGCACCAGAAAAGAUAUAAAUGCGGGGAGUAUCCACUCAACAGACCCGUUCCCCACCGCAAUUUACCCCUUCCCCUGUUCUACGUCGUCUGACAUGGAACCACAAACUUUUGUUCAGCCCUCGACGAUGUCCUCGCUGACAGAGUGGUCCUACCGGCAUAUCAAAGACGUAUUUGAAGCCUCCACCCAUGAAGAAUCACUGCGGGCGAUCUCGAACACAUUUGCACCCAAUAUUGACGCUACUCUCAACGGGUCGAGGCUGGGGUACGAGGGGAUCAUCCAACUUGUCACCGCAAUGCGUGGAGGAUCCAAGAAUGGCCUACAGGUUCAUUGGAAGCAGGCAUUGGAUGUACCGAGAGAGCCUACUAAUCGUAAUGGCUGCUUCGGUGGCGCCUAUGUUAUAAGCGGAAUACAAAAACCCCAAGCAGGGACAUCUCGUCUUUUAGAAUUCGAGAGACACAAAACGGUGACCGUCAUAAUCGAAUCCCAAUCGUCGGAUCCAUAUGUGGAUAGCCGGCGCAUUGUUAGCCUGGUCUUCGUCGCUACAGACCGGCCAGUUGACCGAGCCUGCCUAUAGCGUUAAAGCAGAGGGUAUGCUGUAUCAUUAGCACUACCGUACAUAAUACCUUAAUCAUCGUAAUCACGUAAAAUAAGAACCAGAUUUAGUUUCCACAGACCCUAAACAUUGC